CAUCCAGAUAUCAAGAUCAGGUUAGUAGAAGUGGUUGGCUGAUGCGAGAUGGAGUAUACAGUCCAUACCAUCCUAGCCCAAGUCGAAGGGAAGGCCUUCUGGGGUGCUGUUGCCCUCAUCUUCAUAUCCUUCCAUCUCAGCAAUUUCCUUCUGUACCUACUGUUACUAUGGUGUGCUGGAGCUGGUCUACUGGUCGCAUACACCAUGUUGAGAGUCAUCCCUCGACUACCCAACCUCCUUCUUCACAAGCCCCACCCACCUCGCCAUAGCCCUAAAAGCUCCGCCCACUCAGAGAAACGCUCGCAGUGCCCAGUGUGUGAGGAUUCUUCCUGCACGAGGCACACGAGAGCAGCUGGGAGGGAGUACCUACACCCAUGGGACAACAUAUCAGUGCCCUCAAGUGUAGACUCAGCUCUCACAGAGCUCUUUGAGCUAGUUCUAAAAAGAUUUGUCUACUCUUGGCAUAGAGGGCUAGCUCAAUCUGCCGAAGGUUUCGAAGAUGAUCUUCGGUUAAAUAUACGAUUUGCAGUAGCGAGUCUAUUGAGGAGAGCUCAGAGAAUUGACAUUCCUCACAUCAUCUCACACAAGCUACUGCAAGCAGUGGCUUCUCAUAUUUAUAUUUGCAACCGAGUGAGAAGAAAAUUGCCUCUGGAUGCGUCAAUAGCCCAGAUUGAGGCAGCAGUGUUGCAGGAGUAUGGUAGUCACUUACACACAGCGAUGAGAGGUCCCACAGGGAACAGCAGGUACUUCAGGCAACUCACCAAAACCCUCAUUCCUCUUCUACUACCUGAACAAGUGCUACACUCAAGGAUGAUGUCCAGUUUUAUUCAGGAACUCUUCACAAUGAAGAUUUUUGUGCCAGCCAUGAACUUUGUCGCUAAACCAGACUUUCUGAACAAGCUCCUGUUGAUUGUGUUUAACAAGAACUCGCGACUUGAGCCCAUGUUUGGUCCAGAGACAAAGAGCGUUAUGUUCCUGGCACGGUUUGCCAAGAGGAGGGCAUUCACUCGUAAGCCCCGCCCACUUUCUAUUCCCCUGAAGAAGCUAUUAGAGGAACAAGACAAAUUGUACAUAUUCAUGAACUUUAUGAAGUCUAAGAGUGCCAUCCAUGUUCUGCAAGUCUAUCUCACUUUGGAUGAUCUCAAACUGAGGGUGAACAAUUGCACUGAGGGCACUGCUUGUAAUGUCCUCUCCCAGGUGGAGACUCUGUACAGGAACUACUUACACCCCUCCUCACACACUUAUUUACCAGUAGACAACGUCCUAACGCUAACCACAGUUCUGGAAGAUUCUGAGGCUACUCCUAUGGAGAAGUGUGUCCAACUCAAAGAGAAGGGUGUGUUUGCAUACAUUCGUGGACACAUCUACAAUGAGCUUCUCGUCAAGAUAUUCUAUCCACAGUUCUGUCACGACUAUAAGUUCUAUGAUAUCCACAUCUCCCAGCGUAAUGCUGGUGCCAGUAAGAGUGGGAGAACAGGUGACAAAUGGAGACAAAAGACGUCGCAAGUCUCAAUGAAGGUCAGGCUCAAACCACCCUCAAGUCCAGAGCCCAAUAGCGAGCAAGGAAGGGAAAGUCCCUCCGUUCCCGAGGCUACGCCCACUUCAAAUCUGUCCAUACCUGUCCGGAUCAAGGUGGUGGAUGCAGUCACUACUAGUCACGCAGAUGGACUGAGGCCGUACACUAUCUACUACAUACUGGCCUCCAGGAAGGAUGGGGACUCUAGCAAGAACUAUUUGGUCAAGCGUCGUUUCAAGGAGUUUAUUUGCCUGGAUGCUAAGCUGCGACACUUCCAUGGGUCCAUCCCUCCCAAUCUGCCAUCAAAGAGGACCUUCAGAAACCUCGACAAGGCAUUCGUAGAUACGAGGAUAAAAGAACUGGAGCAGUACCUUCAAGAGUUGAUUGAGACUCCUGGAGUGAGGGAGGGUCAGGUGCUGGCUAGUUUCUUGGACGAGUCGUCUGAUCCAACACUGUUUAUGCCCGACACUGUUGGAGACAAAGCUGGCAAAGUAAUCAACAGUGUCACAAAUAUAUUUAAAAACGAGAAAGGUCCUUAUGUGGAGGAGCUCCUGCAGAGCCUACUUCAAAUGAUAGAGCAUCCCCAAACUCCUCCGUCGAGUGACGACAUGAACGUAACGGGUGGGACUAAUCGAGAGAGCUCGUCCAGAUACGUAGAGCAGCAGUGUGAGGACAUGUCUAACCAAGAGACCAAACCCUGGCACAAACCACCCUCCCUUGGAACCUCUGUCCAGAUAGACAGUUUGAUGGACCUUGUAGUGAUGCUGGCCACCAACGUUUACCAAGUGAACCCACUGCAGCUCACCACUCUCAUGCUGGUCAAGCUACUCGGCCAGGAGUCCAUUGAGUCUGUCGUUUACAAUUUCAUCGCUGGUAGAAUUGAUAUGAUGACUAACGAACAGAAGUUGAUUCAACUCAUUUACUUGUUCAGAGACAACCUAUUUUUCAACAAAGAUCCACCAAGAACACACGAGGAUAUUUGUGAGAGACUGAAAACUACCUUCCACUAUCUUGCUACUUACCCCAACCCCCUUGUGAUGCAUGCUGUUGGUGAGCAGAGAUACAGAGACGGAACCGCCAGGAUCAUCGAGGGCCUACAGUGCAGAGAACUAAACAAACAACUGUUCUUCAAGCUCCUUGAUAUUUUUAUUUUAGAAUUAUUUCCUGAGUUACAACAACAUGAUUGAAAUUUUAGUUCGUGAUUUAUUGUGUGACACAUGCAAAGUGUCUUUACUUUCAACAUAACAUUUUAAUUUUGUGUACUGUAUAAUAGACCUCCUUAUACAAUUUUGACAGUUGUGGUAAA